GCAGGUGUUAUGCUAUAAAGGGAAGAGAGGCCAUGGUCAUUGUCUGUCCCAGGGAGGGGUGGUGGACAGUUGUGGUGCUUCAGUCUCUUUGCUUUCUACCAGCUCAGUCAUUUCUGUUCAUACCACUUCGAAAUGAAAAUAAACCAAGUGGCCCUCCUUGACAUCAAGCAACUAAUUUCAGUGCCUUUUAUGCCAUCACCUCCUGUUAGAAAAAACUCCUGAGCUUAGCAGCUUCCACAAGGAGCUACUGUUGAACUCUGUGGCCUCUCCUCUUGAGUUGACACUAGCCCUUUUUUAUCGCCUCUGCUGUCCUGAGUGGUACCUCAGAACCCUGUCAGGGCAGCAGGAGACUCUUCUGUUGAAAAAUCUGCAUGUUUGCUCUUCAGGCGCUUGUAAUCAUCUCACAUUGUCAGCAUUCAGGCUUUGGCCGCCCAUUAAUACCAACCUUUCCAGCUGCACUGACAGAGAGAUAUUUCUGAACAAACAUGGAAGGGGAGAGGAGAUUAAAUAGGUGACAGCUGGUGAAGACAGGAGCCAGGCCAGGGCAGCUUUUUAUAAUUGAUUAUUUUAUUUGGGGAAGCCAAGAUACAUUUGUGGCAUAGGGGGAUUUGGGGUGUGUCUCCAUGACUGACCAAACAUACAGUGUCUUCUCCCUGGGAAAACUGUUUAUCUAUACACAUGGAUGCCUUGCUAAGUUGUUGUUAUGUGUUCCUUUCCAGGCAUAUUCAUAGAGUAAAUGCACAGAAAACCCAAGGUCUUGUCUACGCACUGAAAAGGCAACUGCCUGAAACAAGCAAUAGUGUUUCCAAGCACGCCCAUUAUGACUGUAUCGUUAUACUGGCAUGCAGGCUUUUGUUCCAGAGCAGACAGGCUUUAGCAGGAGAGGGAGUAAACCAAGCACGCACCUGUGAUCUGAACUCACAUUCUGUCCCACGAAGGAGGGGCCAUACCAGUGCAGACUAUACUCUUGUAGCCCCCAGGACGUUAAGGAUGACAAGGAAGAUCUUCACCAACACCAGGGAGCGAUGGAGGCAGCAAAAUGUCAACAGCGCCUUUGCCAGGCUGAGGAAGCUCAUUCCCACCCACCCACCAGACAAAAAACUGAGCAAGAAUGAGACACUCCGGUUAGCGAUGAGAUACAUCAACUUCCUUGUCAAAGUUCUGGGAGAGCCAGGCGUGCAGCAGACAGCAGUGGCAGCACGGGGCAGCAUCCUGGGCUUCUUCCAGCAAGCUCCACGCUUGCAAAAUAUGGAGGAGCUGACACUGAUCGAAAACUGUGUCUCUUCUCCUGCCAUGAGCAGCAAUAUUGUAGGGUGCUGGUCAGAGACAUCAUCUCCCUAGGAGACAAUGAGAUGUGCAGUCUUUGUGUUAGUCUGAUAGUCCCCCUCUUUUUGCAGAAUCUGUGGGUUGCUCUUCUAUGGAUUGUGAUUAUUUAUUUAUAUUUAUUACUGGUUUAUUUGGUAUACAUUUUUAUUUAAUAGGAAAGGAAAUCCUUUGUCAGCCAACAACCUGUAAGACCAGACAGAACUUGCAGCCCCUCUCAACUUGGAAGGACUCACUGCUGUCAGAGCAGAGACCAAGAGAGAAAGGCCUUGUGCCUUGAUCAAAGCCAUAAAUCAGACCAUAGAAAUUCAUCCAGUGUUUCCAGGAGGGAAAGAGAUGAUUCUAUUCUGCCAUGCUAUUUCAAGAAAGCACUAAUAAGCUCAAGAAUUACAACUGCAUUGCACAAUAUGUCCAGCAGAGACACAGGCUUAGGUAGUGAAAAAUUUUGAGAGGUGCGAUACUUGCCGCAGUCCUCCUCCAGUGAUUCCAGGGGAUAAUUGCACUCACUCUUGAGUCGGUGAAUCUUACUUCCAGCUUGAGUCUUCCUUUUUUAAUAGAAGUCCUAGCCCUUGAACCUGGCUACAUCUUUCUCCAUCAGACUGGAAUGAUCCCUAGUGCCAGAGCAACAUGCUAUUAAAUUAAAUUAAAAGCAGAAUUAAAAGCAAAAAUGAAUUUUCUUUUUUAAAUAAAAGACAACAUAGUAAUAGAUGAGUUUCAGUGGGCUCAACAGGCAGAGUAAACCUCCUCCGUAUCAGUGACAGCGUGCAUUUGAAGGAAGCUGAUCAGCUACACUCCAGCUGCCUUAAAAGCCCAUCAAACAGUUUGAUGGCUAAAUGUCUUUGUUCUUCAAAAGCUGUAGCAAUGGGGGAGAUCCUGCUCUGGGAGGGAGGUCGCAGGAGAAAGGCCUCAAUGAUGCACCUCGAAAACCUUCAUGGGAAAGCCAGUGAGCAGUGUCCCUUCCUGUGACACGGUGCAGAAGCAGCAGGAGCAUGUCUGGGCCUCUCAGAAGGUGCUGGGAAUGCACCACUGGUGCACUGCGGUUGCCAUUUGGCACAAGGCUGUGUGUCAUGGGUCUUGGGCAUCGAGUUCCUGAACCACUGCUUUUGCUGCUGUGAGAGGCAGAACCAAACUGCACGUAUCCUUGCUGUCAUCUGUAAUACCCCUGGUGCUAUGAUGCUGGGCUGCAUGAGGUUGGUUUGAUGUCUGCCCUAGGUGGGGUACCAAGACCAUGGACAAGACUAGGGGCAUGCUGCCCACAUACUCACCUGACUGCCUUUAAACUGCCUGCUUUCACCUGCUGUAGUUAAGGUUCCUCCAUCUGAGCACUAUGACAACUGGGCUGGUGUAGCAAGGACAAAGAAAUUGGUGUAAGGGUCUUCCAUUUGAUUCAGUUGGUCAGUCCUCUGUAGGGAACAACAACCACCAUGCUGUAGGUUUUUAGAUGAUAAGUAGGAUUAAAAGGGGUUUUGUGAAGGUUACUAUUGCGGGUUGUUGCCCACAUACCAAUUUAAUUUCUUGAUUGAAUUAUAACCUGUGCCAGCAAAGGCCUUGACUGCUCAAUCAAGUUAUAAAGCUUCCCAGAGCAACAGAAAAAUGACACCAGGUUUAAGCAGAACUGCUUCCUGCUCAGAUCCUUCUCCCACUCACACAGGUCCUUUUGAUUUCCAUGUGGACCAACAUACCUGUCAAUGUUAGAAAAGACAACUAUUCACCACUGGUGAAGAAAUGGAGUUCACAUGUGCCUUGGCAUGCUCCUGCACUGUUUCUGUUUAUUCAUGAGACAAUGAGCUGCCUUCAGGAAGCAGAGACAGGGUUUAUGCAUGUGACAUGUACAGCCCUUCUGCAUGAGGGGAUUUGGCACCCAAAGCUGAGCUGCCUUUUAAAGCACCACCACCAUUAGGUGCACCAAAGAAGCCAGGACUGACUUCUGCUAGGUGUGUAUUGGACUGUCCUGUGCACUGGCAAAGACUGAGGUCUGUCAGGAGCACAGCUCAUCCCAUCCAGGUCUGGUGCUGUAAGAUACAGGCAUGCCAGUGGACUGAUUCUGACCAAAGAAAAGAAAAAAAGACUGAAAGGGUUCAUAGUGAUUUCAUUUUGUUUCUGAAUGCUGCUCAUCUUGAGUUUGCUUAUCCCUGCUUUUGUGAGCUAUCAGGGCUGGGGACUGCCCUGGAGAGCAGCUGAGUGAAAACACACUAAAGAGUCUUUUGCACAGAUUGUCAAAUCAGUACUGCUUUCUCUCCACCUCUGCUCACUUUAAUGUUGAUGAAUGGAGUCUGCACAGCUCCUUAAAGGUAAUGAGCCAAGUCCUCCUCCUAUCUUUCUGUUGACUUGCUGCAUGUUACAGCAGGAUAAAUUAGUUCAAGUAAAUCAGAGCACUUAUUGGUGUGGUGUGGUGCUGUUUGGUCUAUCAGUUACUUGCUAUCUUAGGAAAUACAGGUCACCAAGGCAAGCUAAAACAUCUUGUGAGCAGAGUUAUUGUCCAGGAAAGGGGAAAGAACACCUGGGAAUUUUGUAAUGUUAUAUGCUUGUUAUAUUUUCUAUCCAAAAAAGCUUUCCUUCUUAUUAUUGCUAUUGUUCAUACCAGCGCUUUCUUUGUUCUUUCAGUUUAGGAGUUCUCUACUUUCAUG